ACUGUGUCUGGCUUCACGCAGCCGGAACAGAAACCUCACACGCUUGCUCUCUCUCACACACACUGGUGCCAAACAAACCCUAGCUGCUGGAACAGCGAGGCACAGUGCACUGGUGCACGAGCUGGAAGUCAGUCCGCUCACACCUUUCAGCUGCUAUAGAAACUUCUCCAAAUCUUCUAUCACAUAUCGGAGGAAACCACAACACAACGCAGUCCCUCUUGCAACGACAAUCACCUGCAAGGAGAGGCACAGGCAGGAGGACAUGGCCACGGCGACAUCUGAUGCAGAUAGCGCUUUUCGAGAUGUUCGGGAUCCGGGCUGGACUGAAGCUCAGCUCCGCAAAUACCCUUUCCCAACACGACAGAUCCCACGCCUUUCUCAUACAGACCCCCGAGCGGAGAUCCUGAUCAACAAUGAGGAACCUGUGGUGUUAACGGAUACGAACUUGGUUUAUCCAGCGCUCAAGUGGGACAUCAGUUAUUUGGAAGAGAACAUUGGCACUGGGGACUUUUCUGUGUACAUUGCCGAAAACCACAGAUUCUUAUAUUAUGACGAGAAGAAAAUGUCAAACUUUGAGAACUUUGUGCCAAAGUCACGCAGGAUAGAGAUGAAGUUUUCCGAGUUUGUAGAAAAGAUGCACCAAACAGAAGAGCUGGGUGGAAGAUCAAGAGUGUACUUGCAGCAAACCCUAAAUGACACGGUUGGGCGAAAAAUAGUCGUGGAUUUUCUGGGUUUCAACUGGAACUGGAUCAACAAGCAGCAAACCAAACUAAACUGGGGACAGCUUACAUCAAACCUGCUCCUCAUAGGCAUGGAAGGAAACGUGACACCAGCACAUUAUGAUGAGCAGCAGAAUUUCUUUGCACAAAUCAAAGGCUAUAAGAGAUGCAUCCUUUUCCCACCAAACCAGUUUGAGUGUCUCUACCCAUACCCUGUUCAUCACCCAUGUGACCGACAGAGCCAGGUUGAUUUUGAAAACCCUGAUUAUGAAAAAUUUCCCAAAUUUAAAAAUGCCUUUGGAUAUGAGGCUGUUGUUGGACCAGGUGAUGUGCUGUACAUUCCUAUGUACUGGUGGCAUCACAUAGAGUCCCUGUUAAAUGGAGGAGUCACGAUCACUGUCAACUUCUGGUACAAGGGUGCACCCACUCCAAAAAGGAUAGAGUACCCACUGAAGGCCCACCAGAAGGUGGCCAUUAUGAGGAACAUUGAAAAGAUGUUAGGAGAAGCCUUGGGGGACCCACAUGAGGUUGGGCCGUUGCUGAACAUGAUGAUCAAGGGGAGAUACGAGCAGAACCCAAGUUAAUGAUCAGUUUACCUCUGGUGUGCUAUGUGUAGUAGAGCGUAUGGAUGUGGACGGCUACUUGUCUGUAUGUUCAGGUCGUUCAGUUAACUGCAUGGCAGCAUUUUGGCUGCACACAUUUCAGCAUUACUGCUUCGAAUAUCUCCAGAUGUUUUCAAUCAGCUAAAGGAAGGUACCACUAUAGAGAAUUGAUUUGCUCCAUCUUUUGAGUCAUCAUAAUGUGAUCUCUGCUGAUUUAGUUUUUUUAUUAUGCAGUGUGGGAGAAAAAAAAAUACUCAGAGCACACAUGCCCCUCCAAUAGCACCUAUUUUCGUUGUUUAUCUUUAUCAAAGUAGUCGAAACAUUACUGUCCAUUUUAAGAGUGCUUCCAGCAAACCUUACUUGUGUUAGUAUUUUUUGUUACUGUAUACUGUAAUUUAUGCAGGUUAUAAAGGUUUGAAAAUCAAAAUUGUUUUUUUCUUCUUCUCCUCUUUCUACUCUCACCCAACAAGAGUUACAGUAGUGAUGCACAGGAAAUGUAUAUAUUUUUUUCAACCCCUGAAGGAAUGGAACUGAUAAAAGUUUUUUUUUUUUUUAAGGAUAAAUUUUGAUAAUUGCUAAAAAAUAGAGCCCUCUUGUGCACAUGCGUUUGUUUGCCUGUGCAUUUGUUUGAGUGUAACCUCCUUUCACACAUGGUACAAUGUUUCUGACUCAAAUCACAAGCUAGGGAAAAUGUUUAAUUUACUGUAUUUAAACUAUGUUCAGUUGUUGCAUAUGAAUUCAAUAAAACAUUUUUUUAUUUUAUGGUAAGAAAGUAAUGUCCCACAUAGGAAUGAUUCUUCUUUGUGUAAUGACAACAGAUCUAAAAGGCUACGACAUGACCCCCUUUUCUGAAACUACUAUUGUAUUAUUAAAUGACUCAAAUCGACACGCAAAGAAACUCAAAGUCUAAUUUGCUUGUAAAGAUUUAUUUGCUGAACUGAUAUCUAAUUCACUUACUAUGUUCCAAAUUAGGCUUUUUUUUAAAUGUGUAUUAAUUCACCUGUGUAUUGUUUUAUCUCCAGUUGCAGAAUGUUUCUAAUGAAUUUGAUUACAGAUCUCUGGAUCCAAGCAAAGUAGAAAUCAAUGAUUAUUGCAGUGAUUAUUGCACAGAAUUAUUUUUGUUGAUAUUUGGAAUUGUAAAUUUGCAUACUUGGUUUUGUAAAUGUUUACUGUGUAUGUGCUAUGUGCCAAAUUGAUUUUUUUUCUAACA